AUGGCUGCAUGGCGCUGCAUGGCUGUACACUGGCUGUGUCACAGAGUUUGCAAUUCUGACUCAAGUCAUGUGCCACUAGCGCCUUCUGCUCGAGUGAUAGUCUCCAACCUUAUGAUAUCCACCCUGACAUCUAACCAACCCCACUCCCAGCGCCGCCGCGAUGGCUGCUCCGAAUGCCGCAGGAAGAAAGUCAAGUGCGAUCUGCGCAAACCUGUUUGCUCCCGAUGCGCUCGGUACCCGAGGGGCUGUAUCUACACUCUGAGCGUGAACUUUGUCAGCCCGCAACCGAGAACCAGGUCUCCCGAUCAGGCCACUGAUCUGUCCAUUCUGGCCAACCAGCCAACUCUGACACUCUCCCCGUUUCUCUCCUCAGCCGAGUCCAAGUUCUUCAUGCACGUCCUCGCUACUCAGACUGCUCCUGUUUUCUUUCCUGCGGCACCGAAGCUGUUCGUCGAUAGGUUAAUCAGCGCAGCCCUUGACACUCCGCAUCUUCUGUAUGCCCUGCUGGCAUCGGCCUGCAGCCACCAUGGGCGCUUGAUCGGUGACAACUCAGGCACCUCCUGGACUGCUUGUCUGAAGUUCACCAAUCUGGCCAUAUCCGGGCUCAAUUCUGCCCUGAAUGAGCCAACCCAGAUGCUGCAGGCCGAGACGGCCAUGACGGCCAUGACGCUGUGCACGAACGACGUGUGCAAUGGCAACAUGAAUGUCUGGCAGAUGCAUCUGGCAGGUGUCAUGCGCCUUCUUACCGCGUUUCUCAAGCAGCCAUCCAACAUGGCAGACUCCUUCACCCUCUGUCUGGUCAAAUGGUUCACCACGCUCGACGUGCUGGCUGGAGUAUCUAGUUCAACCAGCAUCACCCAUGGCCUUUUGGAGCACUUCCUGGAGACUCGUCCAAGCGAAGUCGACGAUAUCUGCGGAUACUCUCUGGAGCUGGUGCCUGCGUUGACACGCAUCGGCCAACUCGCUCGUCAGGAUACCCUCUCACAUCAAGACAUGUACGAAGCGCAGAUGCUCGACCUCACCAUUCACUCCCUGGUAGACCGAGAUGUCCCAUCCAGUACGCUUAAUACCCACGGGCCCGAGCUCGCUCACGAACUCCAAUACACCCACCUGGCGUUUGUGCACUCUGCCCUACUCCAUCUCCACCGCUGUGUCCAGGGUUUCCCUCGUGACCAUCCUGACGUCUGCGCUGACAUCCACAACAUUGUUGCUGCAAUCCAACACAUCCGACCAUUCUCGCAGGCCAACAUCCUCAUUCUAUGGCCUGUAUUCAGUGCAGGGUGUGAGACCACUGUACCCGAGGAGCGGGAUCUCAUCCACACGCGAAUGACUAAUAUGCGCAGCCUGGGGAUGGGCAACUUUACGCGCGCGCGUGACAUGCUCGAGGCUUUUUGGGCUGCUGCUAGUCCUCUACCAUGGAACGUGUACUUUGCACAAAAGGGGCUUGAACUGGUUCUAUUCUGA